AUGGCGGAACAUCGGGCACUUGCAGCCGCCAAGCAGGGGGACCUGGCUGCCUUGGAGCAGCUUCUGGAGGACAAGGCCCUGGGCCCGGGCCCCACCGACACGCUGGGGGCCGGCCUGGUGCACCACGCCGCGCGCGCCGGCCACCUGGACUGCGUGAAGCUUCUGGUGCAGCGGGCCCGGCUGCCUGGCAACCAGCGGGCCUACAACGGGGCCACGCCAGCCCACGACGCCGCCGCCACCGGCCACCUGGCUGAGCUGUGCUGGCUCGUCCGCGAGGGAGGCUGCGGCCUGCAGGACCAAGAUGCCUCGGGUGUCUCCCCACUGCACCUGGCCGCCCGCUUCGGACACCCCACGGUGGUGGAGUGGCUGCUGCGCGAGGGCCACGUGGCGGCACUGGAGACACUGGCGGGGGCCUUGCCCCUGCACCACGCUGCCGUCAGUGGGGACCUGACCUGCCUGAAGCUGCUGGUGGCCGCCCACAGGAGCGGCGUGAACCGGAGGACGCGCAGCGGCGCCUCGCCGCUCUACCUGGCCUGCCAGGAGGGUCACCUGCACCUGACCCAGUUCCUGGUCAAGGACUGCGGUGCAGAUGUGCGCCUGCGCGCCCUCGACGGCAUGAGCGCACUGCACGCCGCCGCCGCCCGCGGCCACUACUCACUCGUUGUCUGGCUGGUCACGUUCACUGACAUUGGCCUGACCUCGAGGGAUAACGAGGGGGCCACGGCCCUCCACUUUGCGGCGCGAGGCGGACACACACCCAUCGUGGACCGGCUCCUGCUGAUGGGCGCCCCCAUCAUGAGAGAUUCCUGGGGUGGGACCCCCCUCCACGACGCAGCCGAGAACGGGCACCUGGAGUGCUGCCAGACCCUGGUCUCCCACCAUGUGGACCCCUCCCAUCAGGAUGAAGACGGCUACACGGCAGCGGACUUGGCCGAGUACCAUGGACACCAGGACUGUGCCCAGUACCUGCGAGACAUGGCCCGGCCGGUGCCUCUGCUGGUGACGCCCCCCCCCCCACCGUUCCCCCCUCCCGUGCUGUCAGCUGCCCGGCAGUCCAUGGAGGAGGGAAGGCGCUCAGGGCCCAGGAGCCCCAGCCCAGCACGUCUCAGCCCAGCCUGGCCUGGCCAGCCUGACCCGCCUUCUCCCAGGGAGCAGACGACCGGCAUGGCCCCCCCAAGGGUCACCGCCAGAGCCAUGCCUGUCCCCAUGGGCUCCGAGUGGGCGGCUGACGCCCCAGACGGCUUGGCAGCACUGCAGCCGGACCCACUGCCUUCGGGUGACCUGGACGGGCUAGUGCCCACGCAGGACGAGCGCGGCCGGCCCAUCCCGGAGUGGAAGCGCCAGGUGAUGGUGCGGAAGCUGCAGGCGCGCCUCAGCGCCGAGGGGGCGCCCGAGGCCCAGGACCCAGGUGGGAGCGCGGAGCCCACGGGGCAGGCGGCCUGGAGGUACUCCCAGGCCCACCAGGCCAUCCUCGGCCCCUUCGGGGAGCUGCUGACGGAAGACGACCUGCCGGACCUGGAACAGCACAUCGCAGACCUGCGGCUGCGCCGACGCCGCGGGGAGUACGAGAGCGAGCUGGGCCGGCUGGCCGCCCAACUGCAGGCUCUGCUGCCCGAGCCCCUGGGCACCAUCACCGUCAACAGCCACUGCCUGCCCCGGGCGUCCGGGCCAGAGGGCGAGGAGGCGGAGGCACUGCCUGAGGGCUCGGCUCAGCGGGCGGCGGCGGCCAGCAGGCCAGCCCUGCCCUUCUGGUGCACCCACGUCGCCUGGCUGGCGCGGAGCAUGGCUCGGCUGCUGCGGGGUGUCAACGGCCUGGUGCAAAGUGACGAGCAGCCCCCGGAUGCUGCCCCCACGGGGGCCCCAGGCAGCCCUCCAUGCAACACGGCCCAGCGCGAGAUCCAGGAGUGCGGCGUGUCCGUGCGGACGCUGCGCGGCAACUUCGAGCCCGGCCCAGCCGGCCCACCGUGCGCUCCAGGCCCAGUGCCCUGUGAGCCCGGGAGCCAGCCCGGGCAGUGUCUGCAAGGCUGCUGCAUGGCCCUUCCACAGCCCCGAGGUGGCCCCGGGGGAGGAGAGCCCGGGCCGGGCGACACCGAGGAGGCCAGCGACUCGGGCAUCAGCUGCGAGGAGGCCCCGUGGGAGGCGGGCAUGGCGCCGAGUCUGGACCUGGCCGCCCUGCGCAAGGAGCGCAUCGUCACGCUGUUCCUCAGUCACUGGAAGAAGUCGGCCUGUGUGCCGACGCUCAGGACGGCCGCCUGCAGGGCCCUGGCGGCCCGCUGCGCCCAGUCCCCCCUGCCGCCCACCCCGCCGCCCCGCGAGGGCCCACGGCUUGGCCACCUGUGGCAGCAGCAUGGCGUCGUCAGCCACCUGCUGAGCACCUGGAAGGCCAUCAUGGCGCACGUGCCGGCCCGGCAGCUGCGCAGGCUGAGCCGGCGGCCACACGGCCCGCUGUCGCCCGAGCAGUUCCUGCCCCACGUGGACGGGGCGCCGCGGCCCUACGGCAGCCUCUCGCUGGACCUCUUCAUGCUGGGCUACUUCCAGCUCCUGGGGUGCGACCUGCCGCCUGAGGAGCGCAGGACGCGCCAUCUGCUCUGCUUCGAGGUCUUCGAGCACCUGGGCACGCACGGCUGGGAGGCCGGACGGGCCUUCCACCAGGCAGUGACCGACGAGGUGGCCACCGGCCGCCGCACCUGGGCUGAUGGCUUCGAGGACAUCAAAGCCCGCUUCUUUGGCUCCCACCGGAGCAGCACCUGGGACACGGAGCCUGGCCGCGAGUCCGGCCUGACCGUGCUCGGGCCGUUGCCCCCCGCCACAGCGCCCAGCACCAGCCCCAAGCCCGAGGCCCAGGGCCCAGGCACUCAGGGGGACAGUGUUGGCAGUGGGGACCUCUGUGGCUACAUUGACCGGAGCUUCGCCUUCUGGAAGGAGAAGGAGGCUGAGAUGUUCAACUUAGGAGAGUGA